AUGCGUACUCGAUCGCAACCAAUAUCUCCUGGCGGUCUUCAGUCGCUGCAGACUAUUUCGCGUAGGAAGAAAUCGCAGACGGACUCGACUCCCCCGAAGAUACCGAAACCGGUUAAAGAGACAACAGCCAAAGCGACAAAAACCAAAGGCGAAAAGAAGAUACCCGCAAAACGUGGCCCUAAGAAAGGGUCGAAGAAAUCAGCGACUAAAUCAGAAGAAUCCGCGACCAUUGACAGCGCCGAUGCACUUAGCCCUACCAAAGCCGCUGCCAGCGACGUACCUACACCCAAUGUUGAUGGUGAUGCCACCCCAGAACAGCCCGCAGAGGCAUCUACAAAUACAUGUGAGCAACCAAUUAUUUCUUCAACUUCUCCAAUUGUGACCACGCCCGUGGAUUCUUCUCCUGUCCCCAUACUGGUUGUUACACCCGUUAUGGACGCAACAACUCCAACACCAUCAGUUUCUGGUCAACAGGCCCAUUUGGAAACCCAAGGUAAGCAGUCACCGUCUCCAAAGUCUGUGCCCAAAAGUAGUCUUUCUACUCUGUUUGAACGGGUUAGCUACCCCGGAAAUAGAAAAUCCAACCCCCAUGCGAAUCUCUCUUCCUCUGCAUCAGUAGGGUUUCCGAUUCCUCCAGCCGGCAAUCCUCAGGAGCCAAGCGGUGUUGGGCAAAUCCCAGCCACCAAUGCUCCAAGUGCUCAAUCGCUGGCUAAGCCUUAUAAAUAUUCCACCCGCCAUCCUAUCAUCCAACUUCCCUGUCAGAUCCUAGACACACUCCCCGUACUCAACGUAUUUCAUUGCCCUCUCUAG